AUUUGAGAGGAAAGUAAAUACGUGUCUGUAAACUUCCUGUUCACAGAAAAGAAGAAGAAAAAAUUGAACUGAAUCUUUUCCUGCCUCGGGGACAACUAAACAAGCCUAUAUCUCAAGUAUUAUCACUAGAUGUAGUUCUUUAGUUGGCAGUAAAGACGUUGUGCUGCCGUGUCUACGACGGAUGCUGGUCUUCUUGAAUAUAUUCCUGAAGGAAUGAGCCAUGGAUAACCACUCUAUUUUCCCCAAUAGUUCGAUGUCCAUACCGAACGACACAACAAUCAUUUCAUCCCAAUUACAGAUCAUCCUGUACAGCAUCGUCCUUGUAUGGACUCUACUUGGCAACAUACUUGUAGUCAUCGUAAUCUUCGGAAAUGAAGGCUUAAAAACGAAUUUCAAUUACCUUAUUGUGAACAUGGCAAUUUCAGACUUAGCUGUCCCACUGUUUGCUCUUCCAAUAAAGAUUGCUGAACAGGCAAGUGGGACGCGCUAUCUAUGGUUGGUUAGUGGUACCCUCGGUAACGUCCUAUGUAAACUAUGUUAUCUACUUGCAGAUAUUUCGCCAGCCGUCUCAGUCUUCACUCUGCUUGCUAUUUCUGUAAACAGGCUCAUUGCCAUUGUUUUUCCCCUACGAUUUCAGACGUUUAGCAAGAAAAAAGGAUACCUUCUGAUCUUAGCCACUUGGGUCAUGGCUGUCGCCGUCUUCUCUCCCUACUUUUACAUUUUUAAGCUUGUAAAAGUCAACGACCUCAAUUUAUGUGGGCCUUCAUGGCCGACAUUCCAAGAUAAAACUGCCUUUAUCUCAACGAUAAUCAUGGUUUUGUUUUUCAUACCAAUGGGUAUCAUAAUACUGGUUUAUUCCUUCCUGAUGUAUAAAGUCAACAAAAACUCAAAAACGGUCAACAACAUGCUUAACAACCAACAAGUCCAAUCACGACGUCGAAGAAACAAGCAGAUCUUUUAUAUAUCAGUAGCUAUCGUAGCUGCGUUUAUAAUCCUCUGGGGACCAUUUUAUUUGUUUCUAUCUGUGGUAGGUUUUAUUUGGAAGUGGCAACCUCCGCCCAUCGAACCAAAAACCACUGAAAUAAUCAUGUUUGUUGUUGUGCUUCUAGGGUAUCUUAACCCAGCGGUCAAUCCUUGCAUCUACUUUUUGUUUGUUAAGAAUUAUCGACAAGGCUUGAAAAGGAUUUUUGAGAAAAGAAGAGUAAGGAGGUGCUCAGAAACGAAUACAUUCUUCUUGCGAACCUUACGCGGCAAUGCUGAGACAAUGCCAGGGACGUCGAGUGCCGAGCCGUCCCAAUGUCAACUAGUGCACGUCAAAUACAUUUAAUGAUGGCCUGCUUCAAAUGUUCAAUGGAUGUGGGGUAACAAAGACGAAACAAAAUAACCAGAAUAAUCUUACCUAUCAGUAUUUAAUCACGCAUGGUGUAUAGUGUGAUUAUAGCUAAUAUAGACAGUAACUAUAAUGUAUUUAUUGGUCAGUUACUGGUGCUCACACUGAUCCAUGUCAGUGCUGCACACAGGCAAACAUUCUGAAUCCUGUAUGGAGCAUUUUCAAGUAAAGAAAAUCGCACAUUAAACAAGAUGUAAACACAAA